AUGGCAUCUUCAAGACAAAAAAUACAUGCAACUGAUAAUGAUUUCGAAACUAUUGCGCAGCGAUGGUACGAAGAAGAAAAAAGUGACUUAAGUGAUGAGGAUGAUAAUAUACAAGAUCCCGAUUAUUACAAUGACCACGAUUCAACUUCAGAAAUAGAAAAUAAUGAAGGUAACAACGAUUCUGCUUCGGGAGAGGAACUUGAACCUGAGAUGGAUAAAAAUAAAUGUUAG